AUGUCUUCACGGAUGCUGGAACAACCUACGGCAUUCACUAAAUAUCUCUGGGUAAAUCUCUCGGAAAACGGGUUAAGAAUAUUUUCUUCAUGUGUUAAAAUUGAAACUCCGUUAAUAUCAACAAUACGUACGCCGUAUGCUUCCAUUUUUGUUGCAAAAGAUGCAGGCUUGAAUAUUUCCAGAACGGGACAACUCAUCUGUCGUCGACAUUCGGAUCGUGCGAGUGCAAAUAAUGCAUGUGAAAAUAGCCCAAUUGCUGUCUAG